GAAGCUGCGUCUGAUAACGCAAUGCUUUCGUGUGUGCGCGUGUGCACCCGCCCCUGUUACUGAGGGUGCGUGUUUGUGUGUGGGACAACUGAUGAGAAACUAGACGAGGGCUCUGAGGGUGGGUAGGUGGUCAAGCUUGUGAUGUAGAAAGGUCCGGGGCACAUCCACGUCAAAAGGCUGGUGAGGCUGUGUGAAGUUCUGCAGGAUGUUUUGGGACAAGAGAGUUUGUUCUGUUUGCAUUGUUCUGUGACGUUGAGUCUGCUGAGCUGGGGAGGAACAAGUACAGCUGGAAGGAGGCAUCUAAAUCCCAGGAGAAGAUCGUUUUACAGCCGGUUGAGCCAACGUGAGCGGAGCCCAGUGUCAUGGACAAAUUCAAGGCAGCCAUGGUUCUGGGAGCCGUUGGUGAUGCCUUGGGCUACCGAAAGGGCCGCUGGGAAGGCUGCAUCUCAGGCAAGAAGAUCCAGGAGGAACUGGCCUCUCUGGGGGGACUUGGGGCCCUGAAAGUGGACCCUGACAACUGGCCCCUGAGUGACGCAACGCUGAUGCACAUCACCACAGCAGAAGCACUGGUAACAGAUUACUGGUGUCUGGAGGAUCUCUAUCGGGAGCUGGUGCGUCUCUAUGUUGAAGCCACGGUGUCUCUCCAGGGCAGAGCCCCUGAUCCUGCCACAGUGGAGGGCUGCAUUCACCUCAAACCUCACAACUUCCUGCUCGCCUGGCAUACACCCUUCAAUGAAAAAGGGUCUGGCUUUGGGGCAGCUGCCAAGGCCAUGUGUGUGGGAAUGAGAUACUGGCAAUCUGAGAGAAUAGACAACCUGGUGGAGGUCAGCAUUGAGAUCGGCAGAAUGACCCACAACCAUCCCACAGGAUUCCUCGGCUCCUUGACGACGGCCCUGUUUGCCUCCUAUGCGAUCCAGGGGAAAGCUCCCGUGACUUGGGGUCGCGACCUCAUGAAGGUCAUUCCUCGGGCUGUGGAGUACUGCAGGAAGACCAUUCGACACAUGUCAGAGUAUCAGGAAAACUGGUUUUACUUUGAGGCCAAGUGGCAGUUUUACCUGGAAGAGAGAGAGAUUGAGAUGGAAGAACAGAACAAACCUUCGUUCCCUGAUCCCUAUGAUGUUGAGGAGACAGACAAAAUGUAUAAGCGCUGGAGCUCAGAGGGCCGUGCGGGACGCAGAGGCCAUGAUGCCCCCAUGAUAGCCUACGAUGCCCUUCUGGCGGCUGGCAGUGACUGGGCAGAACUGUGUAAACGAGCCAUGUUCCAUGGAGGUGAGAGUGAAGCCACCGGCCUGAUCGCAGGGUGUCUCUUUGGCCUCAUGCACGGCCUGAGUCAGGUUCCCCCAGGACUGUACCAGGAUUUGGACAAAAGAGAGCGCCUGGAGGAGCUGGGAGAAAAGCUUUACAAAGCAGCAUCUGCCGAGAAGUGCCUAGACAAGUAAACCUGCUCUUCACUGGCCUGAACCCUGCUGGCUAUCAGAGGAACUGCACAUGGCUGUCAAACUGCUUCCCUUUGUCCCAAGUUCCCCUCUAGUCCCUUGGCAGUAUCUCCAUAAUCUUAGGUGGCAUAUGUCCUCUCCUUGCCUCUCUUGCCCUCAACUCCUUGAAUUUUGCUUGAUACGGGCCUGUCAUGAAUUGAAAAAGUUGCAGCACCUAUCACCCAUAUAGGUUUUGAGGCAGUGGAAAGGGGAGACCAAUAGGGUAUUGAGCUUCAGCCUAUUUCUUAUAAGAUCGUCUCUCAGGAGCUACGUCUGCAAUCCGUUUGCAUAAAGGCCAUGUUCUGUUGCAGCCAGGGAGGAAUAACCUGCCUCCAUCAAAUAUUAAAUGACAGAACUGUGGAGGGGGGGGAAAAGAAAACGCUUCUUAUAACCUUUAUUUUAACCUUUUCCUUUUCUAAAGCUAACCUGUAUUAACAAGAAGCACACAGUCAUGGAGUAUCUAAUUCCUUUAAAACGGAGUAUCUAAUUCCUCAAAACAAUGUGUAAACUUGAUAAAGCCUAACUGAUUUUAAAAUACGUCUCUAGCCGCCGUAGGUUUUAAUAGUUUUAAUAGUUUUGAUCUACAGGCUUUUCAAAGCAUGCAACAUG